ACCCCCGUGCACAGUGCGAGGCUGUAGGCUGUAGCACUUUGUUUCGCCAUAGUGAGCAAGUUGUUUGGAAGGAAGGGAGAGAGAGAGAGAGAGAGAGAGAGAGAGAGGGAGGGGGCGAGCGAGCAAAAGACAGAAGAGAGAAAGAGAAAGAGAGAGAGGGAAACAGAAAAAUCUCGUAAUGUCUCUCUUCUUGUUCUCCAUUUAGUGAACUCGCGGCGUUUCGCAGAUAAUGUCCGAGAAUGUCCAUUUCUGGGACUUUGAGCAACUAUUACGUGGACUCCAUCAUAAGUCACGAGAGCGAUGAACUCUCAACCCCGGCUCGCUUUCCCAGCGUCCAGUAUUCCGGCUCGAACUCCGCCGCAGCCGCUGGCGGAAGGCAGCCCGGCGGCUCGGCGCACGCGGAGCAUCCCCAUCCUGAGUCGUACCCAUCCUGCAGCUUCCAACCGAAGCCCCCGGUCUUCUCAUCGUCAUGGAGCCCGUUCAGUCCGCACCACGGUGCCAGUGGCCUCCCUACUGUCUACCACCCUUACAUCCCAGCCCAGCACGUGCCCGCCGCAGACACACGGUACCUACGCUCAUGGCUGGACUGCGCGCCGCGCGGCUCCGAGUCUGUCCCGGGGCAGGGCCAGACGGGGCAGGUUAAACUGGAGCCGCAGCUCGGCCAUCUCGGCGGGGAGAUCCCACCCAAAAUCGGCGGACAGCACCAGCACGAAACCACCACGUACAUCUUGGAGUCGGCUUCCACGGCGGCGCGCGAGCUAAGCCACCAUCCGGCCGCUAUCCCGGGAGCAGGGUUCGAGGAAAAUAAGGACAUUUGUGAAGGGAGUGAGGACAAAGACGGCCUGGAUCAAAAUGACCCCUCGGCCAACUGGCUGCACGCACGCUCCUCCAGGAAGAAGCGAUGCCCGUACACCAAAUAUCAGACGCUCGAGCUGGAGAAGGAGUUCCUGUUCAACAUGUACCUCACGCGGGACCGGCGGCAUGAGGUGGCGCGCGCGCUCAACCUGACGGAGCGGCAAGUGAAGAUCUGGUUCCAGAACCGGAGGAUGAAAAUGAAGAAACAGAGCAAGGACCAACCCAAGGACUAGCGGGACUCUCAGUCGCGCACGCACACACACACGUAUUCAGACGCACGCUUACACCAUGUAUCCAACUUAAAGUCCCCUUAACACAAAAUGGCCUUCCCAAUAACUGCAACACACACACACACACACACACACACACACACACACACACACACACACUGCUAUUUCCAAUUUGUUUUAACCUUCAGGCACUACCAUCCUAUACAUCUGAUCGAUGGCUUUAUUGAUCGCUAACAGACGCUGAGGACGCCGCCACGUUAACACUGAAGUCUUAAGAAGCUCGGGAACGCCACGUCUGAUGUUAGAAGGAGGCAACUUUUGAACUCUGGAAUCAUUUGAACUUGCAGUCAUGGAGGAUGAUGGGUCGAAAAAAACUCACAGACCAACAGCAAUCCCACCUCGACCUGGCGGACUGGACUGUUUGAUGAACUGAUAGCUCUGGAUGUUUGUCUUCAUAGUUUUAUAUCACGCUACUAUUUAGGCUUCAAUAUUAGACUACAUUAUGAAAGGGAAGAAAACAGCAAACCGCCUGGUGAUGUUACAACAAGGGGAGGGGGGGGGGGGGGGGGUAUUUUUCUCAAGCACUACUCUUCCUUUAUUAGUUAUUUAUUGUUCCGUCGCUGACACCAGAGGCGCGCGGAGGUGCUGAAACCAGGAUUUCAUAUGGCCAUUAAUAAGUACGAGGAGCGGAGUGACACACACACACACACACACACACACACACACACACACACACACACACACACACACACACCGGUGUUCAUCCCUCUUCUUCUUAUUCUCCCCUCUUCCCCCUGUUUCUCUCAUUGCUGGCAGAAUUUGAUUAGAAACCGACUGAUGCUCGGCGUUGAUACAAGCACCAAGCCGCAGUUUGUUUCCCGGUUGUCGGCCUAAGUAAUGAGCAGAUACCGGAGGGGGAGGAGGUGAAGGGUGGGAAAUGAUGGGGUGCCGGCGGUGUGUUAACCCGACUCAGCAACCGGGGAUCCGAUUAGGCUGCUGUCGAUAUCGUGGAUCCCCUACCUUCAGCUUGCUCUCGGGAUGCUUUAUGCGCUGCGGCGGCGGCGGCUCAUCUAAGGCCUUUAUCGGCUAUCGAUAGUCGUCCCCUUCUCUGUGCUUCACUUGAGCUUAUCUGAGAGGAGACACAGCACAAAGCACCAGAUAUUUUAAUCAUAUCCAUCCUCAUUUAAAUUAGGAUCGGGGCUCAGUUUUGGGUAAAUCAAAGUCAGAUUUAUCCGGGCGAAGUCUGAUCACUCGCUGCUCUGACCUGAACUGACUUAAGACAUUAAAUGUCCUGGAUAGUUUUGGUUACUUCCUCUCAAAUCCUGAUCCUUCAUGCCUUCCCACCACACACUCUCAAACACAAACGCGUCUUGAUUUGACUGGCCAGUACAAAUAACCCACUGCUCCGAAUAAUUGUAGUUCAUCAGCUAUUUGCAGUGAAGAUGUAAAAAUCUUAAUUUCAGAGUCUAAUACGCACAAAACCCAUGUGUGCAUGAAGCACUGGUCAAAAAUCGUCAAUCUCUAUCUCCUCGGCCACCGAUCUUUACUCAACGUGGCUUUUGCAUUGCAUUUUAGGAAAUAAUCUGCUCUAUUUUUAUACAUACAGUAGGCUAUAUUGUGUAUUAUCUGCUAUGCAAGGCGGGUCUCUCUCUCUCAUUACAGGAAAUAUACGGAUGUGUGCGCAAUGGCGGCUUCCAAACGCAACCUGAGACUGACGAAAAAGGAAAUACCCCGACGCGCUACGGACAAUUUUUAAAGUCCUUUCCAGUUUUUAUUUUCCUGGAAAUAUCAUUCCUAGAGGUUCUAUAACACAGUUACUGUUAAUAAACAAGCAUCACAGAACACUUAAAGAUUUAUUCCCGCGCGAAAUGCUUUAGUAAUAGUGUCUACAUUUAUUAGCUCGGGGUAUUAUCCGGUUAGACUUCAGAUUAUGCAGAAUUUUAUUGAUCUGAAAGUUAAAAUAUGAAGAGGCCGUGUCGGAAGGCCGGCCUGACUAUGGCGUUAUUUGAAGUGUCGGCGUAGUUAAAUGGCGUCCGAUGGCAGUUUUAUGGACGGCUCAUAAACAACACAUUGGCUUUACAACGUCGUAUAUGUGUGUGUGCGUGCCUGAGCGCGUGAGUGAGUGAGUGUGUGUGUAUGUGUGGUGUUGGACGUUACGGCUUGCAGAGCACAAAGGCUGCUUGUGCACCACCACUGUAAAAAACAAACACACAUAUAUAUAUGGUUUACACACACUUGCGUGGAAAUCGCCUCCAGUUUAUUUUUUUAUCAGUAGUUCACAUGCAGAAAUGAACGGGUCUACAAGCAGCCUUUUUUUUUUUUUUUUUUUGCAAAGUCUUUAACAGAGACAGUUCCUCGAUAAGCAUCAAAUCCUCUAUUCACGAGUAAAAAUGUUUACAUGGUUUGCGCAUGCCUCGAGUCACUCGUCAUUUGAAGAAGUUAUUUCGUCGUUUAGCUCUUUGUGUGUUAUAUCUGUCAGAGGGGAAUGCUUACUGAAAAAUUUAAACAAACUAAAUAGAAGUUUCUCGAUAGGAAAUAUUUCUAAUUUAUUGUAUAUAAGUGAGUAACCUCGUCUUUCUUAUUGGAAUGAGUUAAAUAUGCUGAAUAUUGUUUUGUCUUAUUGGGACAUGGCAUCUGACUGUAAUAUAGAUUUCUUUCUUUCAUGUCCGUCAUGUUCUUUAGAUUCUGUUGGUUUUCCAUGUUGUUGUGCCGACUGUCUGAAUGAUCUGUUCUGAUGUCAGUCCGAUGAGCUCUUUGUGUCUACGGUUUGUUUCAUGGUGAACAGUAAUAAGUUGCUGAUGUAGCCUCAGUAUUGGGACGGAGAGGGCGAAAGGGGGUUGAUUAGGGACUGUUCUCUACUUAUCAGAGGAGGGGGGUUGCUGGAUGUUUUUUUCUCAAUCUUGACACCCCUGAAUCAUGUUUAUUUUUAGCUAUAAUAAAAUAUAUGAUUUUGGUGAUUUUUAAAGACAACAUUCCUCUCAUACCCAUCGGUGGGUAUUGGGGUUCAGAGGGUAUUUAAAGUUGUAUCUCCCUGACCUUAGCCAAAAAAAAAAAAAAAAAAAAAAAAACUCCCUAGGGCUUAAAAAGUAUUUGACAUGCCUCCCCCAUUUUGCACUACCCCCUCCUCCUCUCAUAAAUAAUGAACAGUACCUUCAAAUGAAGCAAUGCAUCUAUAUAAAUAAUGCUUUUGAUUUUAAUUAUUGACUCUGUUACUUUAGCCCUUACUAUGACUUUGUCCCACUUCCUGUUCCAGUAUUUACUCCCCUGAUUGGAGGAACAAAGUUUCUGGAGUGGUUUUUUGCUGCUGAUAAAUAUGGACAGCGCUCCACAAGUCAUUUUAUUUUCCCUCCGCUUUUUUAAGUAAGGCAAAUCUAAGCCAUGUGGCCACAGUAAAGACAUUAUUAACGAGCGGGCAAACUCCAGUCACUCUGAUCCUCUCCUCCCUGUGAAAUGUUCAAGUCCCUUGUAUGUUUUUCCUCUCUUCUGUGUGUUGUUGUCUUCUUUGUGCGAUGGCACUGCUGAUGCUGGAUUCCUAUUAAAGAAGAGACUUUACAGU